AUGUACUGUCCAAAUGGAGAUGAGGCACCAGUAGUAUUUAUCUUGGUGAAGCCAGUUGAGGCAGAUGAAUUGUUUUCUCUCACUAUAAACAUAAAGGUGUCCUCAUCUCCAGACAUGAGGCGAGCUGCAACCUACACCUACCCUAUGUACUGUAGAUAUACUCCUUGGGCUCCGAGAGAAAUUGUAUGUGAAGAAAACUAUAUGGAGGUGUCGGUGAAGAGUGAUGUUCCUGCAAUUUCAGACGAUGACACUGCAACAUGGAUGUCAGCUCUGCCAGAGGUUCAAAAAGUUGAAUACCAGGUAUGGCAACUGAUCUUUCUUUCUCCUUCAGGGAGAAAGAAAAUAAUGGUAAGCGACGCAGCCAAACUAGGUUACAGCUUCAAUAAUACACUGGCUCGAGUGUUCCUCCGUGCUCCAUAUUCCACCAAUGAAUCUAAACUUGCAGUGGUUAAUGGUGUGAGUAUGAAUAUAGUCAGUUCCACUUCCAUGUACAAGCAGAGGUGGCUGCUUCUGUUGAUUGACACAACUGUUGCAUGUCCUAUCGAUGGCACCAGCUUCACUGAUACUGCUAUAACUUGGACUGUGCCAAGCAUUAUCCCUACAUUAGUGCCGCAAGAACCCACCUUCGUGUCCAAAAACAUUUCAGUGGGAGUUGAUGGCCAAAGAAUAAUGCACCCUGAACAGAAUUAUAUUCUGGAACACAACAAGACACACAUUCAAAUGACUAUCCCCAUUGGAGCAGCUGGGGGCAGAUUAAAGGUUAGUGAGAACCUAUCGUAA